AUGACGUCGAUAGGUGACGUGAUCGCACUCUGUGGGGUUGUACUCAAAACUAUCGAAGCCUACAAGACUGCACGCGGGUGGACAAAGGAGAAAACGGAGAUUUAUGAUCGCUUACAAAUCUUGCAGUCUCUUUUGGUCAGGGCAAAUUCUGUCGUCGCCUCCCUCACCAAUGCUUCAGAUAUAGAGUUCAUAAUUAUGCGACUGAAGGUGUCCCUGGAUGACCUAAAUGGGAAACUUACGGGGAACGAGAAGCAUGGUAAACUCAUGGGUCAUAUUUCGUGGCCAAUGUUGAGAGAGGCAGCCAAAGACAAGGAGACGGGGAUUCGCCACUUGACUGAACAGCUUCAUCUGGCGAUAUCACUGCAAUUAACGAUUGGAGACGAGGCGACUCGACGACGGUCCUUGUUGGACGAAAUGAAGAAGUUUUUUAACAAAUUUCCCGCUCUCGACGACACACCGUAUGUAGCCCAAAAAAUCACUGAGGGAACACUUGAAUGGUUCCGGAAGGAAGAUGUUGUUUGUCAGUGGAUGUCCUCGGACAAUGCGUUGCUAUGCAUUCAUGGAGCUCCCGGCGUUGGUAAGACAGCGCUUAUUGGUCAUAUCUGUGACAAACUACUUCCGGAAGAUAAUAAUCCAUCCGGAUCAUAUCAUCGUAUCUACUGCAAUGCCGAAACAUUGAAAACUCUCCAAGACUCCAUGGAUGUCUUUAUGACCUUCUGGGCACACAUUAUUGGCAGCUAUACAGGGUCCCGGGAUAUCAACUUGAGUUACACGACUCUCCAAACCUGGUAUGAACGUCUAAUCCUGGAUCCUUCUCCAUCUCAUGUGAAGAGAAACGAGGUGAAAUUCGAGAUGUUCCGCGAAACACUAGCACAGGUAGGAAAAACGACCCUAAUCCUGGACGGAUUUGACGAAGUGCACAAGGAUUACCGGGAAGAGCUGUUGCGUAACCUAAAAUGCCUUCAGGAAUCACAAAGCCAAUGUCGCAUUUUGAUUACCACCCGGCCUUACCGCGAAAUCAUGCCUAUGUUCAGUGACAGCAUGAAACUAGAAUAUUCACCAAGGCCGAGUGAUAUAGAGCUAUAUAUCCAAAAACGAAUGUGUCCAGAACGCUAUGUGGUCUCGAGCGCCAAGACGAGGGAUUACAUCCUCAAAAUUGUCCAACCGAAGAGCCAAGGCAGUUUCCUGCUUACCAUGUUGUAUAUGGACGAGAUACUGCGUGAGACUAACGACCGUAGCCGCAGAGAAGUUGCCAAGAACCUACCAGCGAGCGCAGCAGGUAUUUAUGACCGGCAGCUGAAGAGACUAGGAAAAGUGCCUGAUGAAUUGUCGGGUCGAAUUCCGUGCCAAGCGAUCCAAGUCCUGUUCUGGGUUGUCUAUUCGGAGGCCCCAAUGGCCGAUUCCGAACUGAAACAGGCCUUGGCUGUGCACAUUGGAGAUAAGAACUACGACAGAAGUGGAAUGCCUGACUUCGUCGACAUCGAACUUGCAUGUAAUGGGCUCGUCAAGCCGGAUCCUACAACAAAAAAUCUUACCCCGACUCAUCGGGCAUUCACCGAUUUUUUACGACUUGAUGAAACUCGCAACCAAUGGUUCCCAAGCAUUAAAGAGCACAUUCCUAUGGUUCUACUAACCUAUCUAUCUUUCAAAUGCAUGAAAAAGCCAUUGGAAGAUGACCGAUCAAGAACCAAAUUUCAGAAGAGUCACCCACUGAUCCCAUAUGCAUUGAAAUAUUGGGGGCAAGGCCUAGACCGGAUUCUCAACCAAGGCAGCGAUCUGUGGAAGCUGACAGAGAAGUUUCUGAAGACUUCAUUCGAGAAUUGGAAUGGUUUUAUUACAGAGGAGGUCAUCGUAGUGAUGGCCUGCAAUGUCGUAGGAUGGCCACUAGAGUACGAUGGGUUGAGACGGGGCACAAUCACUGGCAUGCAUUGGGUGGCGAGAUUUGGGCUCUCAGACUUCGUCCCGAUCAUAUACAGCCAUGAGAGGCUCUCGCCGGUGACUAAACCGGUCUCUAUGACACCUCUUGGGUUGGCAGCUGCUCACGAUCAACUUGACGUCGCACAGAGGUUGAUCGAUGAGGGGGUUAAUGUGAACGAUGUAGGUGUCCGUGGCCGGCCCUUACGACCACCACUAUUCGACGCUAUCUUUCACCGCAAUCGCAAGGUCGCCACGAUGCUUCUCAAAGGCGGAGCAGACAUGACUCUGAGGCGCAUCGAUAAUGAUGAGUCGCCAGUUGACCUUGUGUAUUUGAUCAACCGAUACGCGCUAGCUGAGAUCCUGGCAAAAUCAAUUUCUGGCAGGCUUCCCACGCGAGCGCAAGAAUUACAGCUCCUUAUUCGUGGGGCCUUUGCGACUGAGCUGAAGAGAGCCAUCGACGAGGGGUUGGAUGUUAAUCAUCCCUGCGAGAAUGGGAAACUCGCACUGGACUACGCAAACGAACUGGGCUCUCGCGAAAUCAUUGAAAUAUUGACUGCCAAGAUGGCAAAGAUGAAGCAGGCCCAGCCCACUUUCACUCUCGACUCGCCUCCAUACCCUCAACCCAUUCUUGAGCCCCAUCCCCCCGGCUAUUUCAUCAUGUCGGAAAAGUUAUGGGGCAAAGACGAUCGUCUUAUUUUACGUUAUUCGGACGGCUAUAGGGGCGCUCCACCCAAGAGAGAGGUGAAGACCAAUGGUAAGACACGUUUCAAAGCUGUUGAUUCCAACGUCGGUUCUAAUUUAGACUUAGCUUCGACUUCCGAUUCAAGCCUAGACACAGAAAAGUCUAAUUCCAAGCCUGAUUUCAAGCCAGAUUCUGAGACAGAUUCCGAGACAGAUUCCGAGACAGAUUCCGAGUCCGAUUCUGAGUCCGAUUCUGAGUCCGAUUCUAAGCUUGAUUUUGAGUCCGAUUCUAAGCUUGAUUUUGGGUCCUAUCCCGAGACCCGUGAUGAUCAAGGCUCCGAGCGUGGCCAGGAGUCGGAUGAUGAGCUGGAUGAUAUUCACGGUACUGAGUCUGAAUUCCACAAGGAAAGAAUGUCAGAGAUGAUAAAGCUCUGUUUCAUGCAGCCGGAUUUUGAGUCCAACUUCGUCUCAGAGGCUGGCACAGAGACAGAUUCGGAUGAGAUUCGGAACAAAUUGAAUGGGAUCUUGUCUAGAUUUAUUUCUAGCCUUCCCACUGAGGCACUCUUGUUGGAAAUUCCCUUGAAUGAAAAGAUCAAGCUUCCAGUUCAGACAAUAGUCUUCCAGACAAUUUCGUGUGAUCAAGGAUGGAGUGAUCAUAUUAAGAAAAAAACAUACCUUGGCUCUACACGAAGCUGGUUUGAUGUACGUGCCAGUCACGUUGAUGGUGAAUCGAAGACUUUCAAAGUACAGCACAAUGUGCACGCGUCAUCGCAAUUCAGGCUUCAUACCAACGUCUGGAAUCUUAGUGAUUUCAAGGACACGUCUCCAAGGGCACGAUUUAUGCGGAGACUCCGACAUGGCAGUACGCUGAAGUUCUCUGCUCAUGCAUCGGGAGGAAAUGGAUGGGCGAACAACAUUGCAUACGCACGGGUGUAUAUUUAUGGAUCAACCGGUGAAAAUGGGACGUCGUAG